GAUUUCUCGAUCCCAUAUCUCUCUCUCUAUAUAUAUGUAUAAAACAAGACACAACCCAGAGAUAGAGGAAGAAAACUAAGAAAGAGUGCGUGGGAAGAGUUUUAAAUCUCUCUCUCUUUCUCGUAAUUGCCUAAAAAUCUCAGUAUUCAAUAUGAGCUUGAGAGCUUCAAAGUCCAAACCCCAUUAAUUUCUCUCCAUUAUAAAUCCUUGUUUUUUGGUUAAAAGAGCCCACAAAAAGCCAAAAACAAACUACUUUGCAUAGUUUUCCCUAUCCUAUAUACUCAACUUCUCUGCUUCAUUUCACUCUGCAGCUAACAUCUCUCUUUUCUUCCCAUCUCUGUCACAGAAAGAAUGAGCAAACAAGAUUUCUUGAAGACUCAGAGUUGUGUUCUCAGAGUGAAUAUAGACUGUGAUGGAUGUAAGCAGAAAGUGAGGAAACUGUUGCAGAAAAUUGAUGGGGUUUAUACUGUCGCUAUAGAUGUGGAACAAGGGAAGGUGACUGUGACAGGAAAUGUUGAUCCAGCCACACUCAUAAAGAAGCUUUCGAAGUCUGGAAAACAUGGAGAGCUAUGGGGAGCCCCAAAAGCUUCAAACCAUCUCAAUAACCAGCCAAAAAAUAUGCAGAUUGAUUUUGGCAAAGGUGGGAAAAAAGACAGCAAGGCUCAAAAAGGUGGCCAACAAUUCCAACAACAGCAAAUGCAAAAUGCCAAAGGGUCUAAAGAUCCUAAGGUUCCCUCCAAAGAUCAGAAAUCUGUCAAGUUCAACUUGCCUCAUGAUGAUGAUGAUUCAAGUUUUGAUGAGUUUGAUGAUGAAUUUGAAGAUGAUGAUGGUUUUGAUGUUCCACAUAAACCACCAAUUAUGGGUAAUGGGCAUGGACCCCAUGGGCCAAAUGGAAUGAUUAAUGGCCAGGUCAUGAAUGGACAAAAGGGUGGAAAUGCCAAGAAAGGUGGUAGCUUUGAUCAGCCUAUUCAAUUAAAGGGUAUGGGUAUGAAUGGAAAUGGAGGAAAGAAAGGUGGUGGCGGCGGUGGUGGUGGAAAUAAUAAGGGAGGAAAUCAAAGUGAGGCUGGUAAAAAUGGUGGGGGUUUAGCAGGAGACGGAAAAAAUAGUGGUCAAAAAGGUAAGGGUGGCAAUAAUGGUGGCAGCAGUGGUGGUGGUGGGAAAAAUAGUACUAAUUGGGGUAUGAAAGGAGGAGGGAAGAAUGAUGGGGACCAUACAAUGAACAAUAUGCAACCUGGGUUUGAUGAGAUUGAUGAUGUCAGUCAUAAAGGGUUUGCUGGUAGGAAUAUGGGUCAGAUGGGUAAUUAUCCAAUGCCAAUGGGUCAUAUGGGGAAUAUUCCGGCGGUACAAGGACUACCGGCUGCAAAUAACCCUUAUAACCAACAAUACAUGGCCAUGAUGAUGAACCAGACUCGGCCGAACGAAAAUGGCAUGUUCCAGCCAAUGAUGUGUGCCAGGCCACAACUGUCGAUGAGUUAUGGGCUACCGCCAAUGCCGCCUCCGGUGGCCGAUAAUUUCACCCACUUCUUCAGUGAUGAAAACACCAGCAGUUGCAGUAUCAUGUGAAUUGCCAUAUGGUUUAGCCUAGUUUUUUUGUUCUUAUGUUGGGCUUGUUCCUUUGUGGUGGCAGAAAUGCUAGUGUCCCAAAACAAAUGUCCCAGAUCUUUCUGAGUAAUAUGUAUCUAUGGUGAAAAUUGAAUGGAUUGGUGAGUUUAAGUAUGAAAUGAAUUUAAGUCA